AUGGCUGGUUAUCCUGCAUUCACCGGGGCACAUGCUGCUUUUACUCACCCCUAUGCUCCAAUGGCCUAUAUACCGACUGGAGUCCCAGCUGCAAUACCUACUGCUUCUGCUGCUGCUGGCGGUUGGGUUGAACAUACUUCUCACGAUGGCCGUAAGUAUUAUUACAAUACGCUUACUCAACAAACCACUUGGGAAAAGCCACCGGAACUGAAAUCCACUCGCGAGCUCAUUCUGUCGAGCUGUCCAUGGAAGGAAUUCAAAUCGGAAAAUGGAAAGCCGUAUUAUUUUAAUGAACAAACCAAACAGUCAGUCUGGGUUAAACCUCCGGAACUAAUCGAGGCAGAACAACAGGCUGAGGCACUUGCUCCGAUGCCUUCACCUGCCCCUGAGAAACCAGCCCCUCUACCUUUGGGAACUCCCUGUACUCCUGCCACUCCAAAAGAAGAAUUUGGCAAACCACCAGAGCCUUCUGCAAUUGAGAAAGCCAUGAAAGCGACACUGGCGUCUUAUGACAUGUCAGCGACCAAAGCAGAUGCAAUACCGAUCCCUCCACCCCCACCAAACGAUUUACCCGCUCCAGUAAAAUCUGAACAGUUGGACAAAACCGAUUCGGAAGAGAAAACCUCAGCUGUAUCGCGCCACACUGGUUCCCCAGCUCCACUAGUUCUACAGGAGUACAAGACACGUGGUGAAAUGGCUGAAGGAUUACGACGUCUUUUCCGUGAUUGUAACGUGCCUGGAAGUGCCACUUGGGACCAAGCUGUAAAGUUGAUUUCUGCAGACCCACGUUACAGUCUACUCAAGAGUUUCACGGAAAAGAAACAAAUUUUUAAUGUUUAUAAGACUCAACGCUUGAAGGAGGAGCGUGAAGAACAAAGACUUCGUGCAAAACAGGCGAAAGAAGAUUUAGAGCGUUUCCUCUUACGUCAUCCAAAGAUCCAUUCCACUAUGUCCUAUCGUCGGGUCGAUCAACUCCUCUCGGAUGCACAGGAGUGGAAAAUUGUACCGGACAAAGAUCGACGUGAGUUGUUUGAUGAUGUAAUGCAAGAAAUAUCUAAGCGGGAACGAGAGGAAGCGAAAGUUUUGAGAAAACAAAACAUCAAAGUUUUCAACGAAAUACUAAGCAGUAUGCGAAAGUUGACUUACCGAACCACUUGGGGUGAAGUUCAACAGAUGCUUCUGGAUAAUAAAAGGUUCACCAGUGACGUGGAAUUGCAGAGUUUGGACAAAGAAGACGCUUUGAUCUGUUUCGAAGAGCAUAUUUGCAUGCUGGAACAGAAACAUGACGAGGAAAAGGAACGGGAACGACGCAAACAGAAACGAUUACAGCGCAAAAAUCGUGAGGCAUUUAUUGUUCUUCUGGACGAGUUACACGAACAAAAAUUGCUUUCUUCUACCUCAAUGUGGAAGGAUUUGUAUUCGAUCAUCAGUCGGGAUGAUCGUUUUCAUAAAAUGCUCGCUCAGCGCGGUUCUACCCCACUGGAUCUGUUCAAAUUCUAUGUGGAAGCAUUGAAAGCUCGUUAUCCGGCGGAGAAGAAACUGAUCAAAGAGAUCCUCAAAGACAGUGCUUUUAAUGUCGAUCUUUCCACUUCAUUCGAAGACUUUUCCACGGUGAUUGGUCGUGAUGACCGAAGUAAAGGUGUGGACGAUGGCAACCUGCGCAUGACAUUUGACAGUCUUUUGGAGAAAGCGAAAGGUCGUGAGCGAGAGCGCCAACGGGAUGAUGCACGACGUCUGCGCAAAUUGGAACAGAACUUUUGUGAUAUGUUGUCCUCAGCUAGUUUCAUUCGACCGGAUACCUCGUGGGACGAGGUCCGGGAACGGUUUAAUGACCAUCCGGCGUUCCGCGCCAUGUCUCUCGAGUCCGAACGGAUCCGGGUAUUUAAGGACUACAUCAUCUCACUGGAUUCUGUCGCCCAAGCGGAUGCUGAAAAGUCCCGUCGAAGUCGAAAGGAUAAGCGCCGUCGCGAAGACUCCACCUCUACGGAAGUGACUGAACACAGCCGAGAGAAGCAGAAGAAACGUGUGGCAUCCGCAUCUCCCACUCCUUCCGAUGUCAGCGCGGAUCGUCAAUCGGAUGCGGAUGGUGGGAGCUCCAAUGGUGAAGAGCUAGACAGUGGAAGUGAAGGCGAAGUGUAUGAUCGAGAAUCGAAGCGCAAACGUCGCUAA